AUGAUAGCGAUACUAUCGAUAUUCUUGGUCGUUCUAUUUGCUCCCGGCCAUGUCCACCCCAAGUGUAUAGCGGGCGAGCUGUGCUGGCCAGACGCACAGACCUGGGCAUCCUUCAAUCGCUCCGUGGGAGGAAGAAUGAUCAGCGUGGCCCCUCCAGCAUCGCCAUGCCAUGAUCCAAACUACGAUGAGCGAGCCUGCAAUGCUGUGAGGAGCGGCUGGAACAGUCCGUUCUGGAGGACCGAUCAACCGGGUGCGCUGCAACGGACGAGCUGGGAAUUGUUUGGGGAGCAGCGCUGCCUGAUCUCCUCCAACAGGACCGCCGCUUACUUCCAGGGUGCGGUCCCGGUCUACGCGAUCAACGUUACUCGGGCGGCCCACGUCCAAGAGGCCGUCAAGUUUGCGUCCCGGCACGACUUGUGCAUCGUGAUAAAAAACAUGGGGCAUGACUUCCUCGGGUGGAGCACGGCGGUGGGAGCUCUCAGCAUUUGGGUGCACCACCUCCAGAAGAUCCAGUUCCACAAGAGCUUCAAAUGCGGCCGUGGUAGUGACCGUGGCUACUCAGCAGUGACGGUGGGAGCUGGAAUUCAGUGGGAGGAGCUCUAUUGGCUUGUCAAAGCAAAUGCGUGCCAAAACACGGACUUGUUCUGGGCUCUCCGGGGUGGCGGCGGAGGAACAUUCGGAGUUGUGCUCUCAGCAACGCACAGGACUUUUCCAGCUCUUGACAGCCUUGUCUUCGCUCCUCACAACUUCAGUGCCCCUGAUACCACCACCUUUCAGGGGCUCACUCUGUUUACGAGGUUGAAUCCCUCUCUCUUCGAUGCCGGCUGGUCCGGUUACAAAGAGUUUGUUAUGCUCUCUGCUACAUCUUUGAAGCAGGCUUGUUGUAAUGGACAAGCCUGCUUCAAAGAUGUUGCAGAGAGCCAAACUCUUUGUGUGGCUGCCAGCUGGGGUGAAAAUUCAUCCGAUAUUUUAUAUCAGCCAGUGUAA